UCUCUUUCGCUUUUGGGGAGGCACGAGGUACGUGACUACCUCGUUCCUCGCAUUGUGAGCGUCGCCCCUUCCUGUCCCGAGUCUUUCGACCUCCCCCGUCCCCCAUCGUCGCCCGUCCCGUCCGUCCAUCCUCACCCUGGGUGCGCUCUGGUGCGGCAUCAUCCUCCCACCACCGCCACCACUACCACCACCACAACCACAUCCACCUCUUCUCUCCCACCCCCCGUCAAUCAAAUCAAGUAA